GAGCACAAGGCAGGAGGCAGGUGGGACAGACUGCAGGAGUAUUCCGCAGUGCAACUCCUGCAGAAAUCCUUCGGAGAGUAACCCUAAUCCGCCUCCAGUCCUGGCCCAUCAGGUCCGGGGUCCCGUGCGCUCUGGGAGUGACGCCCCCCGCAGCAACUCAAACUUCCCGGGGCAGGGGACCGGGAGGGGUCGCUCCGUGCUCCCCUUGGCGGGGACCUGAGACACGCACACUCGCAGGGUCUGCAAACUGGCAGCGGGAACCCAAUCCCGGUCUGCGUGGGCGCAACUCCGCAGUCGAGGGCUGUCCAGCGUCUUGGCAAGAAAAACUACACUCCCCACAACACUCUGCGCCUCCGACUCGCUGCGGUUGCUCAUGGCCAAUCCGGAGAGGUAGCUGUGGCGGGGGCCGAGGAGGGACAUUUUAAAAGGGCCGGGGAUUGCGGGCGUCAGUGGCCAUGGCGGAUACUGCGACCACAGCAUCGGCGGCGGCGGCGGCAAGUGCCGCUGGCUCCUCGACCGAUGCACCUCCUUUCCAGCUGGGCAAACCGCGCUUCCAGCAGACAUCCUUCUAUGGCCGCUUCAGGCACUUCUUGGAUAUUAUCGACCCUCGCACACUCUUUGUCACUGAGAGACGUCUCCGAGAGGCCGUGCAGCUGCUGGAGGACUAUAAGCAUGGGACCCUGCGCCCCGGGGUCACCAAUGAACAGGUGGAAAUUUGGUAUGCCAGGAACCCUAAUAAGGACUGUAGCUAUCAAUUAAACAACGAAGCCAUAGAUGAGAGCGACAACGUAAGUACAGGCAGUGAGGUUUCUGGGCAGACAAUCAACCAGGCUAUUCUACACCCGGACACCAAUGAGAAGAUCUUCAUGCCCUUUAGAAUGUCAGGUUACAUUCCUUUUGGGACGCCAAUUGUGGUCGGCCUUCUUUUGCCCAACCAGACACUGGCAUCCACGGUCUUCUGGCAGUGGCUGAACCAGAGCCACAACGCUUGUGUCAACUAUGCAAACCGCAAUGCUACCAAGCCUUCACCUGCAUCCAAGUUCAUCCAGGGCUACCUAGGAGCUGUCAUCAGUGCUGUCUCCAUCGCUGUGGGCCUUAAUGUCUUGGUUCAGAAAGCCAACAAGUUCACCCCGGCCACCCGCCUUCUCGUCCAGAGAUUUGUGCCCUUCCCCGCUGUAGCCAGCGCCAAUAUCUGCAACGUGGUCCUGAUGCGGUACGGGGAGCUAGAAGAAGGGAUCGAUGUCCUGGACGGUGAUGGCAACCUCGUGGGCUCCUCCAGGAUCGCAGCUAGACAUGCCCUGCUGGAGACGGCGCUGACGCGAGUGGUCCUCCCCAUGCCCAUCCUGGUGCUCCCGCCAAUCGUCAUGUCCAUGCUGGAGAAGACGGCUCUCCUGCAGGCGCGUCCCCGGCUGCUUCUCCCAGUGCAAAGCCUCGUGUGCCUGGCAGCCUUCGGCCUAGCCCUGCCUCUGGCCAUCAGCCUCUUCCCACAGAUGUCAGAGAUCGAAACAUCCCAGUUAGAGCCUGAGAUUGCCCGGGCCACCAGCAGCCGGACAGUGGUGUACAACAAGGGGCUGUGAGUGGUGGCCGGCUGGCCUGGGGAUGCAGCCUGGUCCAGCCUGGGGAGCUGGGGGCGGGGAAGAGGUCUCAUGAGUAGCGCCUGCAGGGAGGGCAAGCUGGCCCCACCAGUCCUGGGCCACCUGGGGGCGGGGGGGUCUCCAUCCACAGUGGUAGGGAGACUAAUCUAUUCACCUGUUAACAUAAGGGAGAGGAAUUCUGACACAUUUCCUAUACAAAUAAUCAAGUGCAUUCCUGGGCCUUACGUGGGGUUGCCAAAACUCUACUCAGCACAAUUAUGUGUGAAGCUGAAAAGUUGUAGAGUGCCCACAGGGUAGAAUUAGGAUCCUUUUAUACUUUUUAUUUUUAUUUUUUAUCAGAAUCAAGCCUUGGUUGCAGCUGCCCAGAUGGUGGUCUGGUGGUGGGAGUAGGGGUAGGCCUGCAGCGAGCUGGCUGGCUUGGUGGUGGGGCUGGUAGAUUUAAGAUAUUGCUGUGGCCAAGACCGACGUCUCCCUGGGUGUUCAGGGGUAGGGAAGGGAGGGGAGGUAGUCUACCCCUCGCCGGAUGAGCCAGCUAUGAUUAAGGUCCUCAGGAGGUGGCCCAGGAAAUCAAGGAGCACUGGAAGUCUCUGGAAGGUUCCAUGGGCAGCUGGCUCUGAGUGUGGCUGGCCUUCAAGAUCCAGGCCACACCUGCAGAACCGAUUCCUCUACACGAAGCCCAGUGACACACGAGCUGGCAUCACCCUUCAUGGAGCCCUGAUAUAUGGGAGGCCCCUGGGAUGACCCCAGCUCCAGGCAGGAAGCCCCAAGAAGGAAUGAUGUUGGGCAGGAGCCGGGGGCAUGCAGCCCGGCCUUUGCAGGAAGAUCUUCCUCCCCGGCACCAGGCUGGAAGCUGGGCAUUGGGGCCGAGUGUGGGGCUGGAGCCAGGCCGACGGCCACUGAGCAGGAGGGCCCCGUGCCUGAGAGUACAAAGGCCAGAUCUCUAGGCACCUAUCGGAGAGGAAGCAUCAACCCGAGAAUCAAAGCAGGCGCUGGCUCUGGCCAGCGGCGUAACCUUGGACAAGCCCACUUCCUUCUCUGAGCCUCCACCCCCAUGUCUGGAACCCGAGGACUGGAUCAAGGGAUUCCCGCCUGCUCCUCCAGCUAGAUCCCGUCUUUGCCUGUCCCGCUCAGAUGCUGGUCAUCCCAACACGGACACUGGACUGGGAAAGGGGCUGGUCCCUGUGGGCAUGGCCAGCAGUUGGCCUCAGGACCCGGACUCUGCUGUUCUGUAUGUGACCCCACCUCCUGGGAGCACUGGGCCUUUGCCAAACACUUUACAGUUGUGAAGGAGGAGGUAGUAUGGAUGCCUGGGCUGGAGUGGGGAGCCACACCUACAUGCCGCCUCUCACCCUGCACUGGCCUCUGAGGCCCCUGGCUGCUGGCUGCUGGCUGCUGGCUGCCGCCUCCCUUCCAGUUCAGGGCAGGAAAGGGGAGAGCUCUGCAGAGGAAAUCAGGGCCUGGGUGGGGUGAACAGGGUAAUCUCUCGUCUGAAAGGCCCCAAAAAGAGGACGCAUGGGUCUCAAGGUAUCUCUCACCUGGUCACAACUGGAAUGAGCCUUCAACAUGCAGCCUCAGGGCCUCCCCUCCCCUGGUACCUGACUCCACCUGGGGAGAGAUGCGGCUGGAGGUGGACAGGUACGUGCAGGGAAAGGCGGUGCGGGGCAGCGGAGGCCUGGCCACAGGCUCUGCUCCCCUUGGGGCGGGGGGAGUUGUGGCGAGGUGGGUCUUCUACAGGCAUUGGCACCAGACCUCCCACCAGAAGCCCCUGCUGCCCUCACCUCCCAGCCGGGCCCUGGAGCCUCCCAGCCAGCUCUGCAGGGUGCAGCCCUGAGGGCCCCCACUCUCCCAAGGAGCAGCCCACCCACUGCCCGUCAGGAAGGGGAGAGGCAGCGACACGCAUGGAAGACAGAGCAGCAGAGGGAAGGGCUGCCUCGGUGUUGGAGGGUCAGGUAUUUUUGCGUUACUCCCGCCAUAAUGUGAACGUGCCAGCGACUGGGGCCUGGGCACGUCUGGGGCCUCUUUUGCAAACUCACCCCACCUCACCUCUUAUUGGGUCUUUUU